CUGGAUCUAUCCCGAUGUCUUUGUUCACACUCCCUAUAUUGAAAAAGUUGGAUCUAUCUAAUAACAAGCUCUCCGGUCAGCUGCAAGAAUUCACAAACGCCUCUUCUACAUUACAAUAUGUUAAUCUAAGGGGAAAUAAUCUCCGAGGGAAGCUCCCAAAAUCACUUGCCGAUCUCUCUGCUCUCAUGAUUCUUCUGGUUUAUUUCCAUCUCUCACUGGGCUGGAAUUGAAAUCUUGCAACCUGACAGCUAUCCCAUCUUUCUUGAAGCAUAAAAAGAAUAUGGAGUACCUAGGCCUUUCAAACAACAGAAUUAAUGGUACUCUACCCAACUGGAUAUGGAGCAUUGGGAGUUUCAGCUGGUCAAUGGAUUUAUCUUUCAACUUAUUCAUUGACAUUGAUAGGCCUUUCUUGAAGCAUUCAAGUAAUGUUGACAGUCUAGACCUUUCAAGCAACAGAUUUAGUGGUACCAUACCGAGUUGGAUAUGGAGCAUGAUGAAUCCUAGUUUUUCUUACUCAAAUUUAUCAUGCAACUUGUUCACAAGUGUUGAGGGGUCUUUCUCCAAUUCUUCCACUGGCCAGGUUUAUAUCGAUCUCCACUCUAACUUGCUUCAAGGACCAAUACCUCUUCCUCCACCAAAUAGCUUGUUUGUGGACUACUCAAACAACCUCUUCACUUCUUCCAUCCCAUUUAACAUAUCAUACUACCUUAAAAAAACUAUAUUCUUUUCAUUAUCAAAUAAUAGUCUCACAGGAGAAGUCCCCUCAUCAAUUUGUAGUGCAACAGAACUCUAUAUUUUUGAUAUCUCUCACAACAAUUUGAGUGGUUCAAUACCAGCUUGCCUAUUUGAAAGUCUCAUAGACUUGAGAGUGUUGAAUGCUCGGGAGAACAGUUUUCAAGGAAGCAUGCCUCAAAAGGUCAGCUCAAGAUGUGCUAUACAAACAAUUAACCUCCAUGGAAACAAGUUAGAAGGGGUGAUACCUAGCUUAUGGGCCAACUGUGCUGAGCUAGAAGUCCUAGACCUUGGUAGGAAUAAGUUGGCAGACUCUUUCCCACAUUGGCUGAUGAACCUUCCUGCAUUGAAAGUCCUGGUUCUCAAAAAAAACAAAUUCUUUGGACAUCUGACUGGUAUUUGUGAGGGUAAUCACUCCUUCAUGAUGCUCCAAAUCUUUGACAUCUCAUCAAACCAUUUCACUGGUAGCUUGCCAUCAGAGUGCUUUAAGAGCAUGAAGGCAAUGAUGCUUCAUCAGGGACAGAUGGAGAUAAUUGGAUACUGGAAUAUAAGUUUAGGGCUACCAUAUUAUCAAGACACGAUUUUUGUUGAUUUGAAAGGGUUUGAGAUGAAACUAGUAAAGAUUUUUACUACCUUCACUACCAUCGAUUUGUCAGAUAACAGAUUUGUGGGAAAUAUUCCUCAAGUGUUCGGAGAUCUUAAGUCCCUUCAUUCUUUGAACAUGUCACUAAAUGGUUUCACUGGUGAAAUUCCAUGGGUGCUCGGAGACAUGAGUGAUCUGGAGGCAUUGGACCUCUCACGAAACCAAUUAUCAGGAGUGAUUCCGAGUUCUCUGACCUCUCUGACCUUCUUGGCUUUCUUGAAUUUGUCAAACAACAAUUUGGUAGGCAGAGUACCACAGAGCUACCAGUUCUCCACAUUCUCGAAUUCAUCUUUUGAAGGGAAUGCAGGACUGUGUGGGAGCCCAUUAUCAGAGGAUUGUAUUAAUUCAACUAAUGUGGAGCCGUCUUCAGAUUCUAAGAAUGUACCCACAGAGUUUGACAUGGACGAGAUUUGGUUCUGGAUGUUUACAGGAUUGGGUUAUGGAGUUGGAUUUGCAGCGGCCAUUAUCUAUCAAUUGUUCUUUCCCAAGUGGAAAAUGUGGUUCAAGAGGAGGUUCAUGAACAGAUAAAGACCUGCAUUUCUAAAACAAGAGGGCAUUCCUUCUUCUGCAAUCAAAGAAAUUAUUUCAAGGGCCAAGCUAUGCCUUCAUCUACAGAUAUGAGUUCAGCAAGGAAAAGAGGGCCAAUUACUCCUGUUCAACAUGGAAAAACAAUAGUCUUUCAACCUCUCAGGAAAAAACAUGGAAUCUCAAGUGCCCCUGAGCCCCACCAUUGACUUUGGUCUUUGGAAAAUUCUUCCCAAGAAAUUUAAAACAAAUCAGGUCCAUAUGCGACUUCAAUAAAUUUUGAUGCCACUGUUUAUGCUUGUAGAUACAAUGGCGUGCUAUGGAGGAGAUAAAUGCUGGAGUAUGUGAUGGGAUGAGUUAUGAGGAGAUAAGGAAAAACAUGCCUGAGGAAUAUGAAUCCAAAAAGAAGGACAAACUGCGGUAUUGAUAUCCUCGUGGAGAAUCAUAUCUUGAUGUCAUUCAGAGGUUAGAACCUGUAAUUAUUGAACUUGAAAGACAGUGUCCAUCAGGCUGUCUUGAGAGCACUGUAUGCAUAUUUUGCUGACAGGCCUUUGAUAGAAAUACCACAUAUUGAGGUACCUCUUCACACUAUAAUUGAGAUUCAAAUGGGGGUUACUGGUGUCCAAGAGAAACGGUACAAACUCAUGGAUUAAGUUCAUAUCCAUGCACAUGAUGGAAAGGAAGCAUAAGCUGAUGUCAAUUUUCCCUCCAAAGAUCAAAUCUGAUGAAAUGUCAUUUUUUUACCAGGUCAGGCUUGAAAGCAAGCCUCUCCAACCCUUUGUAAUGACAACCAUUAUCUUUAUAAACUCGUAACUCUAGUCCCAGAGGCUACAGAAUCACUCAAGUAUAAACCAUAAAGAUCUACUCCAUACCUUGCAAUUUCUUAUUUUUUUUUUCUACAUAUCAUGAUGAUUAAUGUACCAGUGAACACAAACAAGAAAAAGACAUGAAGUUGGGGGAAUCACAUGCAAAAGUUGAAAGCGGUUCUGCACUAUGUUUUUUUUUUAUUGUUUGAUCUUGUAUCCAUUAUGAAUUCUCUUGCAGUUCAUAUGCUUGGCGAGGAGUAACUUCGUCUCAUUUUGAAGAAUGAAACUCAGAAUCAUUUGUUGUCUUUGCUUUAGUUUAAUUUGUUGAAAAGCAUUUCACUGAUGACUGCUGCUGAUAUAGUGUUGUGCAGAAUUGCCUGGCAUUUGAUGAUCGACUUGAUUUCAGCGUUGCAUAAAGACAAUGACAAGUGGAGCCCCUUGCAGCUAUCUCAAGGUACAUUAUUCCAGCUUUUCAUGUAGAGGCCUGGUUGCACCCUAGUAGGACUCGCUCCCAGAAAUUGCUGAAGACAGCCACACCUAUGGUCUGUUGCCGUUUCUCUGUCAGGCAAAUUUCCCUUGGACUGACCCAAACACAACACAGUGUUCAUCAAGCAGCUAGCUUGUUAUUGGUUUCAGUUCAUCGCAAGGACCGAGUGUUGCUGCAUUUGGAAGGUAAAACUUGAUUUUCAUUGUGACCUAUAAUUACUUGCUCAAUGAACUAUUUUUAUAAAUUUCUGCCUAUUGGCAUGUUUUGUGCUUCUGUGUUUCUUCCAUCACAUUUGAUGAUAUGUGAGAUUACUUCGAUACAAUCAGAGCACUUCUGCAUACUGGUUGAUUUGAACUUGAGCUCUGGAUCUUAAAGAUGUGCACUGUGACUAUGUAAUCAUACUUCGAAAACGUAACAUUCUUUGAAGUUUCAUCCAGCAUUUAUCUAUAUAAUCUGGGCUUUCCCUAUCACGACAAGUGCUUGCUCUAGUAGCAUGGCUAGAAGUCUGCCCAAGCCAUGGGGACCUCCCUUGUACUGACCCUUCUCCAGGAUCUCCUGCAUACAGUAACAAGUAUGUUUCGCUAUUGCUGGGGCUUCCUUUUCUUGUUACUGAUCUUAUUUCUCCUUUAGUGUUGCAUUGCAUGCUUUAUCAUGAUGAAGUCCUUUCUAUGCUCCAUACCUAUCUCAUCAGGCAAGUUCACUGCCUGCCUAAGGUUGCAUCAAUUAAAGGCUUUAUUUGUGCAUAUUGUGCCUUGUUCACCAAAGACCUGUAUUUGUUGAAGGAAAAUGGUGGAAUUAAGUCAGAGCCUGAAAUGCUAACAUGAAGGGAUGUUCUUCUUCCUUUUUUCUCAAAGAUUUCCUUCUGAAAACCUAGUGCUGAUCAUAAAAUUUUUAGGAACUUUUUUUGGCAUAAAGGUGGCAAUGGAAAGGGCAUCCAUGCAGUUUCUUGUAGACGUUACUGAUCAUAAAACUGAGGAGGUCUUGCUCUUCGAAAUCUGAUGAUUGUCAAACAUUCUCUUAAGGCUAAACAUGUUUUCAAUUAUUUAAAUUCAGUCGACACUAUUUGGGUUAGCAUUGUUAAUCUUAAGUAUGGGCGACUAAAUUUCUGGAAAGAUUUUCUCCUCGGAAUUGCUCUUGGUUCUUUAAAGGCUUGUGUCAAACUGCUGCUGUUAUUAAGCCUUUCUGCUGGAUUAAAACUGUCAACCUCUAUGUUACUUCUUUGCUUUAUGAUUCUUGGAGUGAUGAGAUUCCUAUAGCCUUUAAACCUACCUUUAUUAACAUGCAUUUUAAUCUAGACUCUAGCACGUGUUCUGAUUUGUGCAAUGAUAAUGGUUGGGACCAGGUUUGUCUUUCUAAUCUUUUUGGCCCCCAUGCUUGUGAGAUUAUUUCUAGAAUUGGAUGUGUUGAUCAUACUGGUAUCAAUGAAUGGGUUUGGGCUCCUAAAACGGCUACUCAUAAGAUUGCUUCAAUUGUUGAUCAUUUUCUAAAUCACAAUAUUUCUGAGCCUUAUCCUUGGGCUGGUUGGAAGAAAAUUUGGUCUCUCAAAGUUAUGCUUAGGGUUAAACACUUUUUGUGGUUGAUGUUUAAUGGUAGAAUUGCAACUGCAGAUAUUCUCCAUUCCAUUAAUUUGGGACCGAGGAGGAUGUGUAUCCUUUGUAAUCUUGAUUAUGAAACGCCUGAGCAUUUAUUCCAUCAUUGUUGCAAAACUCAGGGUAAUUGGGCUCUCACUUCAACACUUCUUGCUAAACACAUUCACUUUCCUGAUGGUUUUGUUUUGGGCGGUUGGUUAUCUCUGUCCAAUUAUUCUUUAAGGGUGAAAUCUAUUAUCACUUUAACUGCUUGGUUUAUUUGGAAAGCUAGGUGCGAUGCCAUCUUCUGGGAUGUUAAACCUAAUUACUAUUUUAUUGCUCAUAAGGUCAUUUCCCGGGUUAAUGAUAUUUACUGUGCUGGCAAUGCACCUUGCAGGAAGUUGAUCACAGGAAGUUGAUCAUUAAUAACUUUUGCAACCUUGAUGGUCUAUUUUUCUUUUCUACUUCGGUCUGGAAUAGCAUCAACCAGGUUUGCAAAGGUGGUUUUUUGAUUUCCUCCUCUAAUUUUUCCAUAUCUUUUGCAGGUUGCCAUGUCUCUAAUGCUGAUACUCAUUCUGCUGCUGAACUGCACACUUUGAACAUUGCUCUCCAACUUGCUAUUGAUCAUCAGUUGAGAAUUCGGAUCAUCUUUGUCGGCGACUCCAACAUCUUGGACUUGAUUAAAUCCCCAAACAAUGUUUGCUCUUGGCGUCUACAUUCCUUGAUCAAUGACUUCAAUCGCCUUUUAUCUAUUGUGGGCUCUCCACGAUUAUGCAUCGUUCCUCGCUCUUGGAUGAAGAUCGUCACUAAGCUUGCCAACUUUGGCCAUAGCCUUCACCAGUUAUCUCUGUUCCAUUCUGGCCAUGACCUUCCACAUUGGCUCAUGAAAUCUGUUUUAGAUGCUGGUUUUGUUUUUAAGAAUUUUGUAAGCUUUAGUCCUCAGUUUUUUC